GAGCCCGGGCUGGGGGGAGCCCGGGCGAGCCCCGGUGCGGGUCGAGCUGUGCCGAGCCUCGUCUCUCGUUGACCAGCCCCGGUGUUCGGCGCUUUGGCAUCCCCCUCCGCCCACCCCACCAUGCCGGGCCAGGGCCCCUCGGGGUCCCGCCGGCCGCUGCUGGCCCUGGCGGUGGCGCUGGGCUGGCUGCUGGCCCUGCAGCUGCUGCUGGACCUGCGGGCGCUGGGGCUGCUGUGCGGGGCGCUGGCGGUGCUGGGGGGCUGGCUGGGCCCCCCGGCCCUGCUUCCCCGCGGCCGCCGCCUGCGCCUGGAGCGCUUCGUGAGCUCCCUGCGGGCCCCCCCGGGCUGCCCCGCCGACGAGGCGCGGCUGGAGCGGGAGAUCGCCAGCACCAUCCGCAAGGUGGUGCGGGACUUCGUGGCCUCGUGGUACCGCACGGUGAGCAGGGAGCCCGCCUUCGAGGCCGAGGUGGAGAGGGCCAUGGUGGGCCUGGCCGCGGAGCUGCGGCGGCGCAUGGCGCGGGUGGACCGGCGAGCCCUGGCCCGGCGCCUGCUCCUGCUCUGCGGGCGGCACCUCCAGAGCUUCCUGCGGGCCCGGGACGCCCUGAGGGACGACCCCAAGGGCGGCGGGGCGCUGUGGCGGGAGUACAGCCGGCUGGCGGGGCCGCACCCUGCCCUGCUCAGCCCCGCGGCCGAGGUGGGGUGCGCCCGGGCCGCCGUGGAGGCGCUGCUGCGGGCCCUGGUGCCGUGGCCGCACCUGGAAACGCGCACGGGGCGCUUCGUGGUGGUGGAGCUGGUGGCCUGCAACGUGCUGCUGCCGGCCGUCAGGAAGAUGUCCGAUCCCGACUGGAUCAAUCUGCUGCUCAUCGGGAUGUUCUCCAAGAAGCCCCGCGGCGGGAAGCCCCACCCGGCACCCCCGGUGCCGGAUUCCUUGCCCUUCCCAGCACAGGUGGAUGCGGCUCCUGCUGGGCUACCCCCCUCCCCGAGGGCUGGGGAGGGGCUCAGUAGAGAGGCAGGGGCUGCUGGUGAGGAGGGAGAGGAGACAAGCAGGUCGUGCCACACAGAGGAGCCUUUCCUGCGCCCCCGAGCCCUGGGAUCCCUCUUCCCCUGCGAGGGCUUGGAGCUGGAACCCUCCACGCCCAGCGUGGGCCAGGACACGGACCUGCUGGCACCAUCCCCCACUGGGGAGCUCCUUGAUGAGCCCCUGCAGGACCCCUCUGUGCCAGAGGGCCCGGCCCCUUUGGAAGAUGGAACAGGGGACCUGGAGGAGGGCCCUGCUCCCAGCUCAGAUGUUGGGCUGCUUUCCACCUCUGCCUUGAGCUCCUGCCCUGACAUCCAGAUCGAGCCAGUGGUGGAGAAGGAGGAGGAAAGCCCGGCAGUCCCCAGGAAGUUCUCCUCGCAGAGACCCUCGAGCCUGGGGAGAGAUCUGGGGGCAGCAGAGGGCCCACCUCAAAUUCCCCCAGAGCCUGGGCAGUCCCUGCCCCUGCUCACAUCCUCCCCAACAGCUUCCAUGAGCACCUUCAGCUUUGAGCCUCUGAGCAGCCCCGACGGGCCUGUCGUGAUCCAGAACCUGCGGAUAACUGGGACCAUCACUGCCCGGGAGCACAGCGGCACUGGCUUCCACCCCUACACCCUGUACACUGUCAAGUAUGAGACAGUGCUGGAGGGUGAGGGUGCAGGGAGCCUUCAGCAGGUGGCUUACCACACCGUCAACCGCCGCUAUCGGGAGUUCCUCAACCUGCAGACCCGGCUGGAGGAGAAACCGGAGCUCCGCAAGUUCCUCAAAAACAUCAAAGGCCCAAAGAAACUGUUCCCUGAUCUCCCUUUUGGAAACAUGGACAGCGAUAAAGUGGAAGCCAGGAAAAGUCUGCUGGAAUCCUUCUUAAAGCAAUUGUGUGCAGUCCCUGAAAUUGCCAACAGUGAGGAGGUGCAGGAAUUUCUCGCCCUCAACACCGACGCCAGGAUCGCGUUUGUCAAGAAGCCCUUUGUUGUCUCCAGGAUAGACAAGAUCGUUGUCAAUGCUAUUGUGGACACCCUGAAGACGGCAUUCCCCAGGUCAGAGCCCCAGAGCCCCACCGAGGAUCUGAGCGAGUCUGAAGUGGAUGGAAAGUCCCAGACAGAUGGCAAGAAGACAACUAAGUCCAGGCUGAGAUUCUCAUCCAGUAAAAUCACCCCAGUGCUGAGUGUGAGUGAAGCUCAUGACAGGAUAGUGUACUCCAUCAGGGAGGGCAGCGCCGUGGGCAGGGAGCAAGCCUGGAUGUGUUGUUGGCUGCCCCCAAGUGCAGACAAGGAGGUCUCUGGCACCCUGUCGCUGGCUGCUAUGGAAUCCUUCAUCCAGAAGCAGGAGAAGCUGCUGGAAGCCAUCCCUAGCAAAGCUCCUGAAGGUGAGGGAGGCAGAGAAGCUAAGGGAAGCUCUGUGCAGGAGGAUGCAGAUGGGAUGAACACACCAGAGCAGGGGACACAUCUGGACACGAACUCCGACUCUGAGACAGCUUUGGCUGAUCUGGCCCUGGAUGUGCUUCGCCUGGUGCUGGUGGAUCACUGGAGUUGGUUGUGCACAGAGAACAUUCACAAGGUCUUCAACCUGCUCUUUGGGACCCUUGUUCAGAGGUGGCUGGAAGUGCAGAUGUUUAACUUGACCUGCACCCAGCGUUGGGUCCAGUACCUGCAGUUGCUCCAGGAAUCUAUCUGGCCCGGAGGAGUUUUACCAGCAGUGCCUAAACCCCCCAGGACAGAGGAGCAGAAGAAGGCAACAGCAGAUCAGGCCCUGCAGAGCCUGAUGGGGAUUCUGCCUAAUGUGAUCCAAGAAAUCCUUGGGACCAGCAAGUGUCAGAUGAGCUGGAACCUGGUGCUGGAGUCCCUGAGCCAGCCUGUGAUAAACAAGCACCUGGUUUUCUGCCUCUUGGACAUUCUGCUGGAGUUCUUGGUCCUGAAGGACUCCUGUGAGGAACCCAGAGCUGCAGCUGCUGCACCAUCUGCUUGUGGUGGACUGGACAAAGCACUUUAGCCAGGACUGGUUGAGCCAGCAGUGGGGAAGAGAGGCAGCCACAGGCAUAGCAUGACUUGAUUUUCAGUGUUUACUGAACGUGUCUGGGAGCUUCUUGUAAAGAAUUCUUCCAGCCAGUGCUGAAGGAAGGUACUUCCAGGCUUCUCUCUCCUGGCUGGGUGGUGGAUUAAACCCAGUGUCAGGGGCUGAA